AUGCAUCUGGACGUGCCUCCUGCACCAUUUCCAUCUCAAGGCACCCUGCUGUCCGGGGCCUACGAAGAGCAUCCAGCCCAAGCUUCGAGAACCGGCCCCAGUGGCCUCCACAGCCCUGACCUCGCUCCUGCGUCCCUGAGCUGGAGGCCACGGCGGCAGCAACACCCAUAUGACAUCACACGGCGCUCCCUGAAGAUGCUCCGGGUCCCUCUUCUUGGCUGCCUGAGCCAGGUUCCAGAACCUUCCCGUCCUGAGCCCGCCCACCAGGGAGGUGCAUCACGGGGGGCGGGGGGAGCUGUCCCGGGAUCUGAGGGGAUCCAGCGCCGUGUCGGCUCCCUGAGCCCCACCGCACGGCCCAGGUUCCCAGGGCAGCGCGGAGCUCGGGCGGCUGCGCACCGGGGUCACCCGCGGUCAGAGCCCGAGGGCCUCACACACGGGGCGGGGCGCCGCUCCCCCUCCAGCCUCGCCCUGGAGCCCAGCCGGCCUCCGCGGAGACCCGCACCAGGCAGGCAGCUGGCGGGCCAGCCUGGCCCAGGGCAGGAACGGGAGCUACAGUCAGACCAGCCUCGCUUCGCUCGCUACCCGACACACUCGCCCCCGCGGCCAGGUGUAUCCCAGGCGGAGGGAGAGCUGCCCCUGGGCGGUCAGGCGAGGCCGCUGGGGGCACCGCCAGGGGCAGCACUGGGGAGCCGGGGCUCAGGGUCAGUGCCGUCAGCUCUGCAGGCCCAGAGGCCACGCCUACCAGGCAACCAGGGGUCACAGGCUCCUCGGGCCACACAGGACACCACGGACCCCUGGUGGAGCUGCCACAGCUCCAGAGGUGUGGCGGACGCCGGUCUCCACCUGCUUCUAAGAAGCCAUGGGGAGCACGGUGGGGCCAGUCCCCUGAGGCUGAGGCGGGCGGCCCGGCUGAGCACCCACUGCCCUGGCGCUGUCUCAGGUGGGGCUGGGCAGCAUGUGCCUGCAGGGCCCCCCACAAGCCUGCCCUGUGCCGCCGGUGGGAGGCAGGGAACCCAGAGGCCCCGGGGAGGGGCUCCUCCACCAAAACCCGCUCCUCUGGACUCGGGCCAGCAGCCGGGCAGAGCAGGGAACCCCCUUCUCUGCCUUCACCUCGAAGGUCACAGGGUCAGGGUCGGGGUCAGGGAUGUGUCUGCCCCACUCAGGAGGAGGGUCCCCGGGGCCCCCGCUGCUCUCUGGCCGCAGGAGGGGCUGAGUACCAGCUGCCACCCAGCGCUGGACGGAGCUGUGAACACCUUCACCAGCUGUCCCUGUGGCCACAACACUUCCUCCCUCCCUCCUUCCUUCCCUCCUUCCUUCCUUCCCUCCUUCCUUCCUGCCUUCCUUCCUUCCCUCCUUCCUUCCUGCCUUCCUUCCUGCCUUCCUCCCUCCCUCCUUCCCUCCUUCCUUCCUUCCUUCCUUCCCUCCUUCCUUCCUUCCCUCCUUCCUUCCUGCCUUCCUUCCUUCCGUCCUUCCUUCCUGCCUUCCUUCCUGCCUUCCUCCCUCCCUCCUUCCCUCCUUCCCUCUUUCCUUCCCUCCUUCCCUCCUUCCUUCCUUCCAUGUACCACAGCCCCAGAUGCUAUAGGUGCUUCUGGUGCUGUCCUGGGUGCCCUGGAUGCUUCCGGAAGAGAGUCCCCAGCAAGAGAAGAAGUGACCAGGCCGAUAAGAUGGCCCUGCGGUCAGGCAGGUGGGGGCUCUGCUUCCCCCAAAGGUGAACGUGCAGAAGCCCGUGAGAGCCUGGGUCCGAGCUCAUGGGGCUGGAGCUCGUGGGGCGGGUCGCAGUGAGCAAGCACACGGCACCAUCCGGCAUCCAGAGGGGAAGCCACUGAGGCCAGGCUGUGAUCUGGAGAGAGAGACCCCAAGCGGGUGGAGCAGGCUGGCCGUGCGGACACACGGUGUUCACCGUCGGGGUCCUCACCAUCCACGGAUGGGAUAUUGGCUGUGGAGGGGAUGUUGGGGUUAUUUUCUUUUUUGUGGUGUCUUUUCUUUCUAGUAUCAGGGUGAUGCUGGCCUCAGAGAAUGAAUUAAGGUGCUUUUGGAUAAAAUAUAAACAUAUACAUGUGUCUAUUAAGUCUAUCUGGCUUAAUGCAUCGUUUAAGGCCAGUGUUUUCUUACUGACUUUCUGUCUAGAUGAUCCAUCCUUUUGAUGUAAGUUGCUAGUUAAAGUCCUCUACUACU